AUGCCGCCAAAGCGCGCGGCGCUCCCCACCAAGGAGCGAGGUCUCUUCCAACGCCUCAUCCAGGAAUACGAAACCAAAAAGUACAAGCUCGGCCUGAAAACCGCCGACACCAUCCUCAAAAAGUUCCCCGAACAUGGCGAGACCUUAUCGAUGAAAGGUCUCCUCCUCGGCUCCACCCACCGUCGCGAAGAAGGCAUCGAACUAGCCAAAAAGGGAGUCCGUCUCGACCUGACCUCGUUCAUCUGUUGGCACGCACUCGGCAUCUUGCAUCGUCAGGACAAGAACUACGAGGAGGCGAUAAAGUGCUACACCCAGGCAUUGCGGAUUGAGGGCGGCGGUAACAUCAACUUGCUUCGUGAGUCGGCGUUCUUGCAGCUGCAGCUGAGGAACUACCCGCCAAUGGUCGAGAACAGGUUGACGUUGUUGCGGAUGCAACCGCAUCUGAGGAUGAACUGGAUCGGGUUGGCGGUUGCUCGCCAUUUGGCAGGCUCGUUGGACGCAGCAGUUUGUGUGCUCGAAGGGUACGAGAACGUCAUGAGGGAUAUCCCGGAUAGGAGCUACGAGUACAGCGAGGCGUUGCUGUAUCACGCUAGCGUCUUGGAAGAGCAGAGCAAGUUUCAGGAGUCCUUGGAUGUCAUGGAAAAUGGCGCGGAACGCAUCGUGGAUCUGCGCGCCAAGCAGGAGGCUCAGGCGAGGUGUCUCGCCGGGUUGGGCAAGAAGGACGAGGCGGAAGCGCUGUGGAGACAGCUCAUCAAAUCGAACCCGGAGAACAAGCGUUACUUUGCCGGUCUGCUCAACUUGCUAGGAAUCACAGAGGGUGCGAUGGAUAGCAAGGCGGUCGAAGUGUUCAAAGGUUUGCAAGCCGACCACCCCAAAUCAACGGCUGCCAAGCGUCUCGCACUCAUCCACGCUACGGGAGAGGACUUCAAGUCCCAAGCUACCGCAUACAUCAAGUCCGCGCUCGUCAAAGGCGUUCCAUCGCUAUUCUCCGAUCUCAAAUCCCUCUACCAGGACCCCGCCAAGCAAGCUACAAUCGAAGAGAUCGUCGAAACCCUUCGCCUCGAAUGGGCCCCCACCACCGCCUCAUCACCAGACGGCACUGACCCACCCACCUCGUACCUCUGGUCUCUCUACUACCUCGCCCAACACUACUCCCUCACCGGCGACUCCCCGCGCGCCCUCCACUACAUCGACUCGGCCAUCGGCCACUCCUCCACCCUCCCCGAACUGCACAUGGUCCGAGCGCGAAUCCUCAAACGCUCGGGCGACCUCUCCGCUGCCUCCUCCGCCAUGACCGACGCCCGCUUGCUCGACGGACAGGACCGAUUCCUCAACUCGAAAGCCGCCAAGUACCUCUUGCGGACAGACUGUACCGAGGAGGCGGAGCGGAUCGUGGGGCUGUUCACCAAACCGGAUGCUCCUUCGCCGACGUACGACCUGAACGAGAUGCAGGCGCUGUGGUAUCUGGUCGAGGAGGCGGAAUCUUUCCUCAGGGUGAAGAACUACGGUAUGGCGUUGAAGCGCUUGGUGCAGUUGGAAAAGACCUUCCAAGAGUUCUGGGAUGAUCAGUUGGAUUUCCACUCGUACUGUAUGCGCAAGAUGACGCUUCGAUCGUACGUCGACCUGGUCCGCUUUGAGGAUGGAAUUCGUUCCCACCCCGUAUACGUCCGAGCAGCCACCGCGGCGAUCUCGAUCUACACAAAGCUGCACGACGAACCCUCCACACCCGCGUUCAUCGACACCUCCACCGAAACAGAAGACCCUGCCCUCACCGGUCUAUCCGAGAGCGAGAAGAAAAAACUACUCAAGAAACAACGUCAAGCCGAAGCCAAACGUCUCGCCAAACAGGAAGCUGAAGCAGCGGAAAAGAAACGCAAGGCCGAAGAAGCCGCUGCCAACGGCGAAAGCAUCGACGACGAUGGCCCCAAACCGGAUAAUGAUCCGAAGGGUUUGGAGGUGUUCAAGUCGAGUGUGGAGGCGCCGCUGAAGCAAGCGGAACGUUGGUUGCGGUGGUUGCAGCAAAACUCGGCGAGUAGAUCGGAGACAUGGGUGGCGGUGUUCGAGGUAGCGGUGAGGGAGAGGAACUGGUUGUUGGCAACUCGAGCACUGAAGAAGCUGCAGAACCUGGAAGGCAAGACUGCGAGAGUCGGGGGGAUGGCGAUUCGCCUCAAGUCAAAAUUGCCCGAUCUGAAGGGUGCACCGAAACCCAUCGGCACAGUCAUCGAGACCGCCCUCAGCAGUGUCAUCGCUGCGGACAAACCUCUCGCCACUUUCUUCGCCGAACUCCUGCAGGGAACCGACGCCUCCACACCGGAAGGCAUGUUCGCCAAUGCGCGCACAGCCUUGCUCCUGGAUAGGAAGGAGGAAGCCGUUGCACUGCUGCUCAACCUCCCCUCCAAUGUGGAGAGCGUCACUGGUCCUCGGUCGAGCAACAAAGCGUUGCAAACGACGGUUGCUGCAAGGACGCUGCUCGCAGAGCUAUCGGAGGGAAGUGUAGCAGAAUUCGAUGGGAAGGCUAGGGAGGUGUUCCCGCUGGCGAGCGCGUUCAAGUCGAGGGAGACGUUGGAGCAGGAGAAGAGGGAGAGGGAGGAGAAGCUUAAGGGUUGGUCGAAGGGCGAGGAGGUUGUGGAGGAGGGAGAGGGUAAAGCGAAUGGCAGUGCGAGUUACGAGCCUCUCAUGUAG